AACUGGUGGUGACAACUGACAUUAUGUCGUGAGUAUUCAGCGCCCGCGUCGUAAGCACGUCGUUGUUGUGCGAACGAAGCUGUGGUUAUUGCUUAUACGCAAAUAGACGAGAAACCUGGCUUGUUUGCGUGAUAGGCGAAAAAUACAGUUGAUUUGUGGAAUAAGGAUUAUUUGAGACGAAAUUUGGAAAACAUUACUAAGCCCUCAUAACGAGAAUUCAGUUUAAUACUCUACAACAACCAAUUUCCGCAGUGAAAAUGGAGGUGCUGAAUAGGCUAGUGGCGGGAUAUCAUGAUUUGAUGGACAACAAAAGUGAUCAAAGGGUAAAAGACUGGUUCCUGAUGUCUUCCCCGUUCCCUACGUUGGCAAUAUGUCUCACAUACGUCUUCAUAGUUAAAAUAUUGGGACCAAAACUUAUGGAAAAUAGGAAGCCUUUCGAGCUGAAAAAUGUCCUCAUAUGGUACAAUUUAUUCCAAGUUAUAUUCAGUUGUUGGCUUUUUAAUGAGAGUAUAGCAAGCGGGUGGUUCACCACUUACAGUUUUCGGUGUCAACCUGUUGACUACUCAUGGUCUCCUGUAGUGAUGAGGACGGUACGUGGAUGUUGGUGGUACUACUUUUCGAAGUUUACAGAAUUCUUCGACACGAUCUUCUUCGUGAUGCGCAAGAAGUUUGAUCAUGUGUCGAAGCUUCAUGUAAUCCACCACGGCAUCAUGCCCAUGUCGGUGUGGUUCGGAGUUAAGUUCACACCAGGUGGACAUUCAACGUUCUUUGGUAUGCUGAACACUUUUGUGCAUAUAAUAAUGUACACUUACUACUUACUGGCGGCAUUGGGCCCUCAAAUUCAAAAGUACUUGUGGUGGAAGAAGUAUCUUACCGCUCUUCAAAUGGUACAAUUCGUCCUAGUAUUUCUUCAUGCAUUCCAACUACUUUUCAUCGACUGUGAUUACCCGAAGGCGUUCGUUUGGUGGAUUGGCAUGCACGCUGUUCUCUUCUAUUAUCUCUUCUCAGAUUUCUACAAACAGGCGUACUUAAAGAAAGUCAAAAAUGCCAAAGCGAAGAUAAAGGUGGAGGCAGAUGCAGCCAAAUUAGACAAUAAGGAGAGGAAACUUCCAUUGCUGAAUGGUUUUAGCAAUGGCUCUACCCUCGGUGAUGUUCGACAGAGGGUGGCCGGAGCCGUUGCCUCACAGUGAACACUAUAGUUACAUUUAUUAGUAUACUGACAGACAAUAGACUUAAAUUAUUCCAGAAUUAAAUUGUGAACACUCAUUGAUUUCAACUGGACUAAAGAUGAAACUGGAUCAUGAUCCUAACAAGGGAGAGGCGUCACUGUUGCCGUGUUCAUGUUUCAUCGACCAUCGAAGAGAUUUUCUACAGUAUUUGUUAAUGGAGGACCAAUAAAGUCAUGUACGUGUGGUCGGUACAUAACUUCUGAAUUGUGAGGUCCUUUCUAAUUAUUUCAGUUUUUGUUUAGAGUCUUGUUAUUUAAGCAAAACUUGGAAUGUGAAGAUAGACGGUACCAGAGAUUGUCGAAAAGAGCGUUUUUCCACACAAUCUAACUUCAUUUACAGCCUUAAACUAGUACAGUCGGUUUCAUAAUUAAAUCAUUAUUGUUCAAUGUUAUCAUAUAAAUUCAAUAUUAUAUGUACUAUCAAAAUAUACAUAUAAUUUUCUCACAAGACCACAGCAUGGGGUUCUUCAAGAAGGGUAUAUUAAGGUUUCUUAAGGAUCGACAACGCGCACGUGACUCGCCUGGUGUUUCAGGCGUCCAUAGGCUAUGGUAACCAUUUACCAUCAGAUGGGCCGUAUGCGUUUGCCACCAUAGUUGUAUAUAAAAAUUUUAUUAUAUUUUAUAUUAAAUCAAAAUUGAUAAUGAUAUUUUCAUUUUAUGCAUAUUGCAUUCAAAUUUAAAGUAUCCUUAAUUUUUCUUUAUAUGCACUUGGGGGACUUAGCUGAAAAGUAUACCUACAUAUACUUUGUUACUUAUGUUAUUAUAUUUCAAUAACUUUAAUUAUUUUAAAUUUUUGCUAACAACGUAUUCUUGGUCUGGCUACCUUCUAUUUGUGAUGCCGACUGUAUCUAAUUUGAAUUGUUUAGCAUAAUAUUUAAAAUAGGCGCAUAAUAAUAAGUUUCAAUAGUACCCUACCGGAUCUAGAAGUCUCAUAUUGUAAUUUUAUACCUUAACUUAAAAAAAAAUCGUAUGUAAGUGUUGUGCGAAAUUAAGAAUAAUAAUUAAAGAUCACUAAAAUGAGAAUUUAUUCCUCGAGUGAGUAAGCCACCUGGAUUCCUACUCGUCGCCUGCCUUCAGAUCCGUAUUCGAUGAAAGAAUGCUCAAUUAAGUUAAGUACUUAGAAAUUCAUUAAGUUUAGUAGAUAUUUGUAAUUUAUUGGAAUUGUCAAAUAUAUAUAGGCAUUGCAAUGGCCUGUUGAAGAUGUAGGCGGUAUAUAUUUAUAUUAAUUUUUAUUGUGAUUAUUGAAAUAAAAAACACCGAUUAAUUCACGGGCAAGAAAGUAUUUUUUUAGAAAUGUGUCCACAGAUCUAAAUGUCAUUAUAUAAUGUCUUUAUGACAAAAACUUCUUUACAUUUAUGUUAAAGUUAAAACCGAGCUCAUUGUUACUAUUAAUAUCACAUACGAAUACGAAGUUUGUAGGGUUCCGAACAAAAAUAUAAAAUGCGUGCCAUUUUAUUGAAAAGCGUUUUUAUCCAUUUGUUCAUUAUUCAUAACGCUUUACAACUCGUUAAUUAUAAUCGGUUUACGAGUCCGAAUAGCAUUGGUAUAUUUGUUUUCUUUUUUUUAUAUAAAGACAAAGUUUAAGUGUACGAUGAAUACUUACACUUAAACCAAGUGGUCAAUAAAUAUUUGCUGUCCAUCGUAUUAAAAUUCUAUUAAACAUUUACAUUUUUAGCGUAGAUGAUCAGUAAUAAUGUUUAAUUUAUGAUAGAUAAGCUGCGGAGAAAAAUAAUUCUAUAUUAAAUUACUAUAUGUGUAUAUUACGACAUAAUAUGAGUAAAUUUGCCAGGAAUUUUCUGUUACAUCCUGUGUUGUGUACAAUUAUCCUGAAUCCAAUUAGUCUGUCUGAAAACUUAACCAAUUUAUUUGUUUUAUUAUGUAACAUAACUUGUAACAUUUUGUGUUGACAGACAAAUAUUGUUUCACUUGUUAGUUAUAAUAAUAUUGGUGUUAUUUAAAACAUAAUGCCCAAGUUGUAAUCGGGAAAGUUUACAAUAAUUAAAAUGUUUGUAAAAAACUAAAACUAACCACCGUACAUUCCUUGAAUUUACCUAAAUAUGAAUUAUUAAUAAUUACUUUAUAAUGUUAAAUAAAUUGAAUGAAUUGUAUGCCAAUAUAAAUUGUGUGUAAUUACUAGAAUAUUUGAUUUUAAUAUAAAUUGUAACAAUUUUAAUCGGCAUAGGGUAGGGUUGCCAUGACCCAGCUAAUGAAAAUGUAUUUUGAAAGUAAAGUUGAUAUCACAAUUAAUAUAUAUAUGUAUAUGCGCAUAUGAGGCGAGUAUAUGCUGGGACUUGCCACAUUGUGUACUAUUAUUAUAAUUGUAAAUAUAGUAAAAUACUUAUUAUUAAAAGUACAACAGAAAUAACUUGUGAUACUUUCUACAAUAAAAUAUAUAUAGAAAUUGCCUAGAAAAUCAUUUAUAUUCCUUAAUAUUGUUAUUGUCGGCACAAUAUUGAAAAAUGUGUAUACCAGGUAAGGGUAGGUAUUGCUCGUUCAUACCUCAGGGUUUAAAAGAGCCGUGUUCACUACAACGCAGCAGAUAUUAGUGAUAUUUUAUAUAAAGAUUGCUCUUUGAAUAUUGUAUUACACCGCGCAGGUAUUAACACUACAAAAGUGCGUAUGUUCUAACAGACUGUCUCUUAUCUGUGUAGACGUGCUUAUGCUAACCUAGUCGCUCAAAGAGCUGAAUGAAAGAGAAAAAGCUAGAAAACUGGGUAGCUAGCAGUUUCAUUAGUUUCAGACAUAUACCUUUAUCAGAUUUCACUGAUAAUUUUCAAUAUAAAGCUUGUGGUGGUCGUUUUUCGUUUAUGUGCCAAAAAUCUUCCGUUGGAUGGGUGUGGUAUGU